GAGCUUCGCAAUUAGCACUGAACCGUCAUGAGUACGGAGACCUCUACCGGCGCCUCGAGACUGAAGAGGAGACGAACCAGUUUCGAUGACCUGCCAAUGAGGCCUGUGGUACGAGAAGGCCGUCGACGACGGUUAGUUGACGAGCAGCGGCAGGAGCUGCUUGUCUUCGACAAAUCGCAAGCCGUUGAUUCCCUGCGCUACGCGUCGUUCCUGGUAGGCUUAGGCGUGACCAUGUCGGCGGCGCUUUUCACCCCUCCUGUCCUGUUGAUGGCUCGCUUCAGGGCCUGCGAAAGCGGCUGCCAGUCCAUCGCCCAGGAGCUGAGUCGGUCGGUCAGCCACAAAGUCCACCCGUGCGAUGACUUUUACCAGCACGUAUGCACCGGCUGGGACAGCGCAAAAACGCAUUCUCCCUUGGAGAACUACAAGACCGCCUUCAGCCGCAGGAUCGUCAGGAACAUGAUGCUCAAGAAAAUCCCUUCGCGUUCGACUACGGCCUGGGGAAAGGCUGCAGGAUUCAUUUACCGGUGCCUGAUGCGGGUGGAAAUGAACGACUUCUCGAGUGUCAACUCGUUCCUCCACGAACUGGGUCUUCCGUGGCCGGAGAAGUCUCCUACAAACCGGCAGCAGCUGCUCAACAUUUUUGUGACGGCGUCAUUGGAAUUCGGUAUGCCGAUGUUCUUGGCCUUUUACGUGGGCCGGCAUCCAACCCGGCCGGCCACGAACGCCAUCUACAUAACACUGGACGCACGCUUUAGCGACUGGAUCGCCGACAUGGAGGCGCUCAGGGAAAAUGGCAACGAAGACGACUACCUGAGGCGUUGCGCGGAGAGUGUCGGCCGUGAGGGACAGUCCUACUCGAGCAUGAUCCGGCAAGUGCUGGAGACGCACUUUGACGUCAUGAACCUCGUGCGACUAUUCUGGGAGGACGCCGCCGUGCCACGGUUUUACAGCCUCACAGACCUCGAUUUGCGGACGGCCAUCAAUGGACACCUGCCCGAUGAGUCGCAGCUGUGGCCCGAAGACGAGGUUGUCCUACUUCAGCCCGAAUUCUUUGUCAAGCUGGACGUGGAUCACUUAAGUCACACUGGGUAUCAGGAAAGUUUCAAACUGUUCCUAGGCGCUUACGUGGUCUGGGCUGUAUCGCCGCUAGUGUCCAGGCGCUUGACACCCCGCAUGCUUGUCGAUGUGGGUGGCCGAACCAGCGAAGCUUACCACCGUUUGUCCAUGUGCAUGCAAGCUCUGGAGAUAUUGAUGCCGCUCGUGAAGUGGCAGCUGCACCGAGACGCUCAGAAGGACCUCUGGCCCACCUGGACUGUCACGCGCUUGUCGGCGCGCUCAAUGGUUUCGUUUUUAGCCGCGUACGGCGGCGUUACAAAAGCAUUUGCUAGCCCAAUAUUGUCACGGCUUGGAGCAAACGCCUUCAACAUGACGAACACGUGGGAAAUGCUAGACUACGCGGUGGCCUACCUUCCGAACAACACCGACGCGCCGUUCUUCGACCUUUAUAGAGCGGCUGCAAAGGCGACAGCAACGUUCUUCAAGCAGUCGCUGCGAAGGCCGCGGAACAAUAUCCACCACGUGCCAGGAAUCGCCAGUGAUGAUGUGUACCGAUUGUUGGUGACUCGGGAAGUGUCACUCUUCCACUACCUAACGUCGUCACCGGUAUACGAACCUUGGCACCCAGCCGCCGUGAUUGCAGCGCUAGCGGGAAUCUAUGUGUCUGCUCAAAUGGCCACUCUGAUUCGACUGGCAAUAUACUACGACAGCAAUUUUCAACGCAUCCGGUUAAGCAACGGCACAACCGAAAAACUUCAGUUGGCCGCGGACGUGUACAAAUUCAGACUUGUGCUCAAAGCCAGCGGUAUCUUCCACGAAGAGAGCAAGCAAGAGUACAACGCCCUCUACACGGCAAGCAUCGCUGCUCACGUGGCGAGCAUAGUGCCGGAUAUGCCCGAGUGGCGUCGCUUUGCUGCGACCGGUGGACACGACCCUUCCUUAGACGAUGGGGACGUGGCGAAUCCGUUCCGCAGGUUCCGACCUGAGCAGCUCUUCUUCUACCUCGCUUGUUUCGCACACUGCGGGAAACCCGCCCAUGAGCGCCAGAAAAGCAUCGCCAUGUGUAACGUCGCCCUUCCUGCAUCGCCACGUUUCCGAAGGGCAUUCAGGUGUUUGCCCCAACACUCGCUCACCACGAACUUCACAUGGCCCGACCCACCCGCAGCGUCUGUUACUAAGCCUUUUUAGGGAACGAA